AUGGACAUUGUCCACGACACCCCCAAACCCGCCUCCCAAACCAACAACACCAACACCACCACUCACAACCCCAUCGACGACGACGAUGACGACCCCAUCACCGCCAGCUACCAAGUCUUCCUCAACCCCUCCCUGCCCCUCGGCCGCCGCCUCCUCGUCCUCCAACACCCCAACCGCACCGACAACACCCCGCGUCCUCCCCCGACCGAGCUGCGCCUGAAGGAACACUCGGGCAUGGUCGAGGUCGACAUGCCCCUCGACAACACCACCGCCUACGACCGUGAAAAGGGCCUCCGCUGGGGCCGCGCCCUGCAAAACUCCAUGGCCGUCAAGAGCGGCGGCAGCCACGGUCUGGCGGGCGGCUUCGGCGUCGGCGCCGUCCAGCAGCGCGCCCCGCGCAAGAAGGGCGACGCCGAGGCUGAUGAGGACCUCGACUGGAACGAGGCCGUGCGCCAGGGAAAGGUGCUCAGCACCCAGACGCUGGGCGGGCAGUAUCCCGAGGCCGAUGAAGUGCAGUACAUGGUUGGCGUCUUCCAAGGCAAAAACCUCCAUCUAACCCCCGUAUCGAACCUCAUCCACCUCCGCCCCCAGCUCCACCACCUCGACGCCGCCACCCAGCAAGAGCGCCAGUCCUCCGCCGCCGCGUCAAAGGAGGGCGCUCCCGCAACGACGUCCUCCGCCCGCGCCAUCCACAUGACCAUCAAGACCACCUCCGACGGCGCCGACGGCGUCUCGACCGAGACCAUGGCCGACCGACUGCGCGCCGUGCAGACCGAGCCCUGGCGCAAGAUGCGCUAUACCGAUGAGAACGAGGAGACGGCCUGGGAUGUCUACAACGAGAGUCUCUUCCUCAGGCCGAGGGCCGAUCCGACGACAGGCGAGCAGCAGGCGCAGGCAGAAGCAGACCAGGACCUGGAGGAGCUCGUGCCCACGCUCGGCAACAAGUGGGACGACACGCAGUUUCUCGAGUCCAUCAGCGGCAUCAAGAAGCCCGAGCCCGUCCCCGAGCCGCCGGCAGAACAAAAGAAGCCGGAACCUGUCUCUGCUGCUGCGACUCCGGCGGAAGAGCCGCGCCAGCCUCCGAGGGCGACUCGUCCCAGGGCGGGUGCUGCCGCCGCGAUGGCUGCUCGGAGAGGUGGGCGGUCAAAAGCGGCGUGA